CGUCCAGUGUUGAUGGCGUAUGUGUGUGUCUCCGGGCAUGCGUGUUUGUCAUUGUCCGCAAAAUGGCUGCGCUCGUGGGCGUCCGCGCGUGCCUCUCGGCUCUGCAGUUGACCUCCCCGAGUUUACUGCACAGCUCUUAUAAACUGUGUGCAGUUCCUCUUAGCCGAAGGAAUUUCGCAGCGGAGGCAAAGAAGGUUUUCUCUCGUAGUAAACCCCAUUUGAACAUCGGGACCAUCGGUCAUGUAGAUCACGGCAAAACCACGCUGACCGCAGCCAUCACCAAAGUCCUUGCCGAGGCCGGCGGUGCUCGUUAUAAGACGUAUGAGGAUAUUGAUAAUGCUCCUGAAGAGAAGGCUCGAGGCAUCACCAUCAACGCCUCGCAUGUGGAGUACACCACUGCUAACAGACACUACGCUCACACCGACUGCCCCGGACAUGCUGACUACGUUAAGAACAUGAUCACAGGCACCUCUCAGAUGGACGGCUGUAUUCUCGUGGUGGCGGCGACCGACGGUCAGAUGCCACAGACGCGUGAGCACCUCCUGCUGGCGCGGCAGAUCGGCGUGGAGCACGUGGUGGUGUUCGUUAACAAAGCUGAUGCGGUGGAGGACAAGGAGAUGCUGGACCUGGUGGAGCUGGAGAUCAGAGAGCUGCUCACAGAGUACGGCUACGACGGAGAAAACACACCAGUUAUUAUUGGAUCGGCACUCUGUGCUCUAGAGAACAGACAGCCGGAGCUGGGUGUUGACUCCAUUAUGAAGCUGUUGGAUGUGGUAGAUAAUUAUAUUCCUUUGCCAAAGCGAGAUCUGGAUAAGCCUUUCCUGCUGCCUGUAGAGGGGGUCUAUUCUAUUCCAGGUCGAGGUACUGUGGUCACUGGGACGCUAGAGCGAGGGAUGAUCAAGAAAGGAGAUGAAUGUGAAUUUCUCGGACACAAUCGCAGCUUUAAGACCGUCAUCACUGGUAUCGAGAUGUUCCACCAAUCUCUGGAGCGGGCGGAGGCGGGUGAUAACAUGGGCGCUCUGGUGCGCGGUCUGAAGAGGGAGGAUGUCAGGAGAGGCAUGGUGAUGUGCAAACCUGGAUCCAUCCAGCCACACCAGAAGAUCAAAGCUCAGGUGUACGUCCUGAGCAAAGAGGAGGGCGGCAGGCACAAACCCUUCUGCACAAACUUCAUGCCCAUCAUGUUCUCUCACACCUGGGACAUGGCUUGUAUAGUAGAGCUGCUCCCAGGGAAGGAGAUGGUGAUGCCGGGAGAGGACGCGUCUCUGAUCCUGGCCCUCAGACAGCCCAUGGCUCUCGACAGAGGCCAGAGGUUCACUCUCAGAGACGGCAACCAAACCAUCGGCACGGGCCUGGUCACAGAAGUCCUCCCCAUGACAGACGACGACAAAUACAACUGGGGCUGAGAGAGAGACGGUGUUGAUGAAAGAGGACACUCUUUGAGACUCUUUGGACUUGAGUUCUAGAAAUGUUACUCUAGAAUUUGAAUUGUGGCCCUGUUUAUAUUGCAAAAAUAAAUCUGUUUGCUAAGGAGGAGAUAUAUGUGUCCCGAUUGAUAAUGUCUUCAUGAACCCUUAAAAAAAUGUAAGCCCACCGGUUUUCUACAUGAAGAAACAAGUAUAAUUCGAAUUAGAAAUUUGGAAUAAUUUCUGUCUAUUUCAGCACAUCAAAAUGUUUAAAUUAAAUUAUCCUUGAAGCUGUCAAUUAUUCACAAGGAGAAAAACAGUACAUUUGGGAAAGUUUUCAAAAUUUAAACUGUACUUGGCUUGUCUUUCUAUGCUUUUCAUCUGCAGACACACGCUGGGUUCUUCUGUCAUCUGUUGGUUUCCAUCUGUCUAAAAAAUGAUUUCAGUACAUCUGUAGACUCUGUCUGUUUUGCAUUUAACCACUUUUCAACAUUAUAAAAUAAUUUAAGCAGAAAAGUGUUCAGUGAUUAAGUUGCAAUAUACAUGUUUUUAAACGUGUCAGACAUAUGUCUUGACAUUGAGAUGGCAAUUUUAAUGUCCCAGUUAUUCCUAUAAAGUGUGAUGUUUAAAUCAA